AUGAACGGCAAACAGAAGUCCAAUCCCAAGAUGAAAUCCAUGUCCGAUCUCAUGGUCCAAUCGGACCGUGACUGGCGCCGCCAAAGGGCAGCGGACAGUCAAACUCAACGACAAUACCAAUUCGAUUAUCAGAAUCGGACUCAUUGUCUGGUCCCGUCUCAGUCUCAGCUUCAGCACUUUCGAUCUCAAACUGUCACUACUGGGACCCAACCAACAGAACAAAAGCCAGUAGUGGUGACCAAAUCAACGGUAGCGACCUCAACCGCACCAGCAACAACGACACCCUCUGCUUCGACGACCACCACAACGGCAGCAAAAUCGUCAUCAUCAUCAAUCCAAAUAACAACUCGCACCGACCUGUCCCUUCUCUACCGCCUUCUCCGUUUGGCCAUCCGGCCCCUUCGUCCACGCCUAGUUUCACCACCCAAAACACCGUUCCCGCCCGGAUCGAUCCGCUUGUUUGAGGAGAACGAUCACGGCAUGAAACGGAAAUGGGGAUGUAAUGUCGUCGAGUCGCGGCGCGAGGGGGUCUGGGAAUAUACGUUUUGUCCUGACUUUGAUGAAUCUCAAUCUCGAUCUCGACCUCAAUCUCAAUCCAAGACGAUCUGGAACGAAAACCAAGAUGAAAAGAGGGAUCAUCGCUGCCCAUUGGAAAAAUCGUAUCGUCGUCACCAAGUCUAUUACUUCGCCGGCGGAGGGUUUCAAGCGCCUCCAUCGGGGGAACACUGGUUAUUCCUGGCGCAACUGGCGAAAGAGUGCGGUGAGCAUUCUGAGAUCGAGAUUGGGAUUACUCUCGUCUCUUACCCGCUCGCCCCGUCUUCUCCGGCAGCAGACUCGUUGCCCAUGAUGCGAACGUGGUUGACCAGUGUGCUUGACGAGGCUAGACUCUCGGGUGAUACGGUCAGUUUGGCCGGUGAUAGUAGUGGUGGGAACAUUGCGUUGAGUCUGGGGUUUUGGGCGGUUGAGCAUUAUAAGGAAGACGAAACGAAUUUGAAGAGUUCCGGUGCCGUCGACAAAGGUACUGCGUUUCCCCUGCGCUCUGUGCUAUGUAUCUCGCCACCCGUUGACAUGCGAAAUACGAAUCCUGCGAUUUCAGAGUGCGACAAGGUCGAUCCUGUGCUUACGAUGGGUCUAACGGAGCGGAUUGCUCGAGAGUGGACAGCGGCAGACAGCAGCAGGGAGAAUACAGCAAAGAAGAUAUCGUAUUCGUCCGAGUCUUCAUCUUCAGCAUCGUCCAGAGAUGUUGAACCUGCUCCAUGUGUGCCAUUCUCCUCCGAAGAUCCAAGUACUUCCCCACUACUGAAUCCAGAAUCGGCCUUUCGUGCACUCAAGGAAAGAGGUGUGUCGGUCCACGGAGUCAUAGGCACACAUGAUGUGCUGGCGCCGGACGCUCUAGAGUUCCUCCGCCGCUGUGAAAGUCAGGGCAUUAAUGGUCGGUGGCUGGUUUGGGAGGGCCAGAUGCAUUGUUUCCCACUAGCGGGGGGAUAUCAGAAGUUGGGUCUUAGGGAGGGACGGGUCGGGAGGCAGUUUGUAUUGGAUCUGUUGAGGAAUGAUGCUCGCAUUGAGAGGUCUUGA